UCAUGUGGUGGACGACAACAUCACUGCUGCUGAGUUGAGAUGUUUGUCCACUUAUUAGCGUGUCAGAAUGCGGCCCUUGUUGUUUGUGAAUAUAUAGUUAAUUGAAAGUAUUACUUAUUUACAAGUACCUUCGGUGAUGUGCUAUGAAGCUAACACGGAAACUGGUUCUCGCCAAGGCUAAGGCCUCCGACUUGGAAAGCGUCAAGAAAUUGAACUGCUGGGGAUGCAACCUGACUGAGAUUUCUAUAUUCUCUCAGAUGCCCAACAUUGAGGUGCUGACACUAAGCGUCAACAGCAUCUCGUCUCUCUCUCCUCUGGCUGGCUGCUUGUCUUUGAGUGAGCUGUACCUGAGGAGGAACAUGAUUUCUUCACUGUCUGAGCUGACUCACUUGCGCCCGUUGACUCGCCUCAGAGUGCUCUGGUUGGCCGAGAACCCCUGUUGCGGAUCUGACUCCAGCCAGUACCGACUCACUGUGCUGCGCUGCCUGCCUCGCCUGCAGAAACUUGAUAACCAAGUAGUGACAGAAGAUGAGCUUGCACUGGCUCUCAUGGAAGGCGAAGAGGUCACCACACCUCCAAGUAGUAUCCAGAGUCAGCUUCCCACCAACGGACUUCCAGACGCGGAGACAGAAAAUGACCCGCUUAACUACAGCAUGGAGGAGACCAAUAAAAUCAGAGAGGAGUUGGGAAUGAAGCCCCUUUCCAGAGACAAGUUCUCCUCUCUUUCUUCUCCAUCAACCAGAGAAAACAAACUAUCAGUGAAAAGGACACACAUUCUUGAUGCAGUUCUGCUUCUGCUGAGGGAUUUGGAUGAGGAGGAGCUUCGCGUUGUACACACAGCUACACAGAACAGACUCCAGACGUACACACUGGACUCGGAGACGCUCAAAGAUUCACAGACAAUGCAGAGAACCACAGAUAUCCAGCACUGAUAUGUUAAUAGCAUGCACUCAGGGCCAACAUGUCACUCCCCUUUCUGUGACUAACUCAAAGCUCAGGAUCACAUAAGACACCCACUUUCACCUGGUAAUGUCUGCCUGCAAUAGUCAUGUCACGCGAUUCAGCUUUACUGCUCCUCUUUCUUCUUGUGUUGUUCCUCUUAAGCACUCAAUUGUUUCUCUCGCUUUUUCACAUUUUUUUAUUAUAGCUGCAUGCUAUCUGCCUUGUAAGAACAAAAGAAUGUAUGUUUUGCAAAAUCUAACACUAUUUCUGUAAUUAAAAAGAAUAAACAGCAAUACAAUAACUUCAA